ACCUGUCAGAGACAGGUUUGCUGAGCGAAUAAUAAUACGAACAAUUAACGUGUGAAACUACACAGUAUAUUUGUUAAAUACAUGUAAAUACAUAUAUAUACGAGUGCAUCGGUAUUUUUGUUUGUUGUCCGGAAGUGAGAUUCUACAGGAUGGAUGAACUUAAGGGUUUUCUGAAACAAGCCGGCCAAGAGUUUCUCAAUGCCGCUGGCGAGGCUGCGAUGGGCGCCGCCAAGGAUGUGGUUGGAUCUGUGAUUAACGAAAUAUUUAUAAAGAAGGAGGCGGAUACCAAGCGCGUACUUCCAAGCAUUAAGAAUAUGCGAGUUCUGGGCGAAAACAACUCGAAUCUUGGACCGCACUCGGAGGUGCAGGAUUAUGAAACACUUAGGAAUAAUUGUUUGACGAAUGGAUCUUUAUUCGAGGACGCACUCUUUCCGGCCAGCAAUGAGUCCCUCAUGUUCUCACGCCGACCCGACCGAUAUAUAGAAUGGCUGCGACCUCAUGAAAUCGUUGACAAUCCUCAAUUUUUCGUCGAAGGCUAUUCCAGAUUUGAUGUGCAACAGGGCGAACUUGGCGAUUGUUGGCUUUUGGCUGCCACCGCAAACCUGACACAUGAAUCGUCUCUGUUCUUCCGGGUGAUUCCCCCGGAACAAAGCUUCGAAGAGAACUAUGCUGGAAUAUUCCACUUUCGUUUUUGGCAAUAUGGUAAAUGGGUUGACGUGGUUAUUGAUGACCGUUUGCCAACGUAUCGUGGAGAGCUACUGUAUAUGCAUUCGGCUGAGAAAAACGAAUUCUGGAGUGCACUCUUGGAGAAGGCAUAUGCUAAACUUCAUGGAUCGUAUGAAGCCCUCAAGGGCGGCACCACAUGCGAGGCGAUGGAAGAUUUUACGGGCGGUGUCAGCGAGUGGUAUGAUCUUAAGGAAGCACCAGCGAAUCUUUUUAGCAUUCUGCAGAAAGCCGCAGAACGUAACUCCAUGAUGGGAUGCUCCAUCGAAGCAGAUCCCAACGUGCUGGAAGCCGAAACUCCACAGGGAUUGAUUCGAGGACAUGCUUACUCCAUUACCAAGGUGUGCCUUAUUGUGUGA